AUGAGUGAUGUUCCUGAUGAGAAAAAUGCUGCAGUUGGGUAUAUUUGUGCUGUUAUUAGUGUAGUUUGUUUUGGAAGUAAUUUUACACCUGUUAAAAAAUUUCCAACAGGAGAUGGAUUCUUUUAUCAAUGGGUAAUGGCAAUUGGAGUACUUCUUGCUGGAAUUUUUACGUUGUUAAUAGUAAACUCAACAAAAGAUUCUCCAUUUGUAUAUUUUGAACCAUUUGCAAUGAUUGGUGGAUUUAUAUGGUCAGUUGGUAACGUUUUCUCUGUACCUGCAAUUCAAAUGCUUGGACUUUCAAUGGGUCAAGGUAUUUGGGGAAUUUGUAAUAUGAUUACUGGAUGGGUUACUGGUACAUUUGGGUGGUUUGGUAUUCAUGCUGAUAAAAGUACAAUAAAAACAUUUUGGUUAAAUUGUGUUGGUGCAGCUAUAGCAGUAUGUGCUGUUCCCUUCUUUAUUUUUAUUAAAACAUCAACUAAAGAAGAGCGAGAGGCAUCUGAAAAGUUAAAGAAAGAAAAAAGUUUAAAUGAAGAUAGAAGUGACAUAGAAUUAAAAGAUGAAAAUAAUGAACAUAGUUGUGUAGAGAAUGAACAAAGUGAGGAAGAUCCUGAAAAAAAAAAUAAAGCAAGUAAUAAAAAAGAUAUGAAUGAAGUAAUUGAUACCAUUAAUAACACUUCAAAUACAGAUCUUCAUCAAAUUAUUGAAGUUGAUGAACCUGCUUCAAUACCUAUUGAACGAAUAUCUCCUUUAUCAAGAUUAUAUAAUUCGUUACCAUUUAUUCCAAAGAAAAUAUUAGGUAUAUGUUGUACAGUCAUUGUUGGAGUUUCAUAUGGUGCUUUUUUCCUUCCACCAAAGUAUUUACAAGAUAAUUCAUUAGGUUCACCAAAUGGAAUUGAUUAUGUACUACCAUUCUUUCUUGGAUUAUUCCUUACUGCAACUGCUUUUUUUGGUGCAUACACUUUUGCAUUUAGAAAUAAUCCAUUUGUCUAUCCUCAAACUAUUGUGCCAGCACUAUUGAGUGGUAUUAUUACUGGAAUAGGAACAACUACAUGGUUUAUUGCUGCGAACAACAUCCCAUAUUCAGCUAGUUUCCCUAUUAUUACAUCAGGACCAAUAUUGUUAUCUUCUGUAUGGGGAAUAGUUGUUUUUGGUGAGAUUCGUGGAUGGAAGAAUUUUUUGUUAUUCGGUUGUGGUACAGUGACUCUAAUAGCUGGUAUUGUCUGUAUUGUUGUUUCAAGUUAA